AGCGAAGCGGAUCGGAGCGGGGUAGGGAAGCGCGGUGCGGCGGUCAGGACGAUGCUGGAGGCGGCGGCCGCAGCCGAGCCCGAAUUGGACCCCGAGGACCUGGUACAUUUCUCGGUUGGAGACCUGCCCAGCCGUGGCUACGGCGUGAUGGGCGAGAUCCGGAGGCAGGGCAAGCUGUGCGAUGUGACCCUCAAGGUGGGGGACCAUAAAUUCAGCGCUCACCGGAUCGUGCUGGCAGCUUCCAUCCCCUACUUCCAUGCCAUGUUCACCAACGACAUGAUGGAGUGCAAGCAGGAUGAGAUCGUCAUGCAGGGGAUGGACCCCAGUGCACUUGAGGCUCUGAUCAACUUCGCCUACAACGGGCACCUGGCGAUCGAUCAGCAGAACGUGCAGUCUUUGCUGAUGGGAGCCAGCUUCCUGCAGCUGCAGAACAUCAAGGAUGCCUGCUGCACCUUCCUCAGAGAGAGGCUUCACCCAAAGAACUGCCUGGGCGUGCGGCAGUUUGCCGAGACGAUGAUGUGCGCAGUGCUCUACGAUGCUGCCAACAGCUUCAUUCACCAGCACUUCGUGGAGGUGUCCAUGUCUGAGGAGUUCCUGGCUCUGCCUUUUGAGGACGUCCUGGAGCUCGUUUCUCGGGAUGAGCUCAACGUCAAGUCUGAAGAGCAGGUGUUUGAAGCUGCUCUAGCAUGGAUACGCUACGAGCGAGACCAGAGGGAGCUGUUCCUGCCUGAGCUCCUCUCCAAAAUCCGCCUGCCCCUUUGUCGGCCGCAGUUUCUCACUGACAGAGUGCAGCAAGACGACCUGGUGCGCUGCUGCCACAAAUGCAGAGAUCUAGUGGAUGAAGCAAAAGAUUAUCACCUCAUGCCAGAGCGUCGACCGCACCUCCCAGCAUUCAAGACCCGUCCUCGGUGCUGCACGUCGAUUGCAGGGCUGAUUUAUGCUGUUGGAGGACUUAACUCAGCAGCAAAUUUUUAUGCAGGUGACUCUCUGAACGUGGUGGAAGUCUUUGACCCCAUUGCCAACCGCUGGGAGAAGUGCCAGCCGAUGACGACGGCGCGGAGCCGCGUUGGUGUGGCCGUGGUGAAUGGGCUGCUCUACGCCAUCGGGGGGUACGACGGGCAGCUGAGGCUGAGCACUGUGGAGGUGUACAACCCUGAGAUGGAUUCCUGGUCCAAAGUGGAAAGCAUGAACAGCAAACGAAGUGCGAUGGGAACCGUGGUGCUGGACGGGCAGAUCUACGUUUGCGGCGGAUACGAUGGAAACUCCUCGCUCAACUCCGUGGAGUCCUAUUCUCCAGAAACAAACAAGUGGACAGUGGUGACCCCCAUGAGCUCCAACCGCAGCGCUGCUGGUGUCACUGUGUUUGAGGGCAGGAUCUACGUGUCAGGAGGGCACGACGGCCUGCAGAUCUUCAACAGUGUGGAGUACUACAACCAGCACACGGCCACCUGGCACCCGGUGGCCAGCAUGCUCAACAAGCGCUGCCGCCACGGGGCGGCGUCGCUGGGAAGCAAGAUGUUUGUGUGCGGGGGUUACGACGGCUCUGCCUUCCUCAGCAUGGCUGAGGUGUACAGCUCUGUGGCGGACCAGUGGUACCUCAUCGUCCCCAUGAACACCCGGAGGAGCCGAGUGUCCCUGGUGGCAAACUGCGGCCGCCUGUACGCCGUCGGGGGUUACGAUGGACAGUCCAACCUCAGCUCGGUGGAGAUGUACGACCCGGAGACCAACCGCUGGACGUUCAUGGCCCCGAUGGUGUGCCACGAGGGGGGGGUCGGCGUGGGCUGCAUCCCCCUGCUGACCAUCUGAGGAGGCAGAGGCGAGGAGCUGCCUUGUCACCGACAAUCGUGGGAGAGCUCCAGCCGGCGUUUCCCGCUCUGAUAGCCAGAGAGAUCCAUCUCCAGGUGCUCAAACACACACAGAAACUUGACACGACCACCCCCACCCUUGGCUCUUGGGCCGAGGCCCCUGAAGGAUCGACGUUUUCGGGACUACGACGCGAGGUGUGAAUGUGCUGCCCUGAGCAAGGAGCUGCCCUCCUCCCGCUUUCGCCUCUGCGCAGAGCCACAGCUGAGCAAAUCCUUCCUCUCCCCAACAGCGCCCAGCCGCGUCGGUGUGCUUUGGCCAACGCUGGGAGGUGGUGGUGUGGGUUGGGAGGGCACAGAAUUGCACAGAACGGCAGCUUCCGUGACUUGAAGAACACCUGCACACCUUCUGUCUGCAGCAAGGACCCCGGCAUCCCAAGAGUUUGAUCAGUUUUGGGUUGUUUCAGCUUCAUGCUGGCCACGUUGAGAUCUUACCCGGUCUACCAAAGCAGGCAGAACCUACCAAUGUAGGCCUGUAAGACCAUGUCCAAGCUCUGCAAGUUCGGGUGCUUCUUGCACAAGCCACUGCUGGUUUCUCCAAAUGCUUUCUUCAGCUUAGAUGGGGAAAAUUUCUCCACGAGAGCCACACGAUGGAGAAACUGGGGGGAGAAAAAGUCGGUUAAACCAUGGGAGCGUUUUAGCAAACAUGGGAGGAAGAAUGCCAAAUGUCAACCACACUAAGCAACAGCCUUAGGAUUUCAACAGAGGAGGCAAACCGAGGUGUGAAUUGUCAGGAUAGCCCUUAAUGGUCAAUAGAUGUCUCCAAAAAUAAGCUUUGGCUUUUCUACGUUGGUAUGUGAGAGGCAGCUGACGCAGAGUGGCCGGGAUCUUUAAGGAGGAGAGGGAUCACUGCCUCUGUUUGUGACAGCACAGGAGGUCUGUGGCUGUGUUGGGGCAGCUGCAGUUCAGCUCUGAGGAGCAGAGAAACCUGCAGCAGCCUCCCUGCAAGGCGCUGGUGGGAAACCACACUUCCCCAGCACGGGUGAGAUCAACGUCUUGGGGUUUGUGUGCUGGGAAAGGUCUUGGCAAUGUGCUUAUUUCAUGGCAGCCACGCAAGGAAACUUCCUGUGGCCAAACUGUGGCAGGGCUGCAGGUGCUGCCCCGUGUCCCUGCUCGUCCCAUGGGGCUCAGCACCGCUUCCAGCCCUUCUCCCUUUGCUGUUUUCAACCCUAUUUUCACUGCAGCCAAAGGGAGCUGCUGCUGCUGCUGGCUUGCUCCUUCCCAGAACCAAACCCACCGAGCACCACUUGCCUGCAUCAGCCCUCCAGCAUUUCCCCUGCAUGAAUGUGAAUGGUGAGAGCCACGGCUCCCUGCCCACCAGCACAGCCACGGGGCAGGGAGCCCCUCAACACUACGCCCACUGCAGGCAGCGGGGGCUCGCUGCUGCCCUGUGUUUCCAGGAGCUUUGGUGUCCCCCCACCCAAACCCGUGCUUCUCCUUCAUAGCUGACUCCCAGCUCGGGAUUUUAACUUUGGGUGUAUAUGUGGAUGUCUAUAUAUUCAGGUACUGUGUAUAUUUCAGGUAUAUAUAACGAGCAUAUCUGGCUAUAAAUGUGGUUUUGUCAGUAUGUA